AUGGUAAAGCUGAAGAGAUUUAACUCACUAGUCACUCGCUUUACCAAUGUGGCAGACUUUAUCAUUGUGUACAUAGAGGAAGCACAUCCGUCUGACGGAUGGGCCUUCACAAACAAUGUUGAAAUCAGUUCACACCGAUCACUUUCUGACCGAAUGGAUGCCGCCAAACACUUAAAGGUCAUAGGUCAACCGAAGUGUCCUAUUCUUGUUGAUGAUAUGAACAAUGCGGCUAAUUCCCAUUAUGGGGCAUACUAUGAAAGGUUGUAUAUCAUUAAAGAAAAUUUGGUCGUGUAUGAGGGAGAAAGGGGACCUGCAGGUUACAAAAUAGAAGAAGUGGAAAAUUGGUUGGAUAGAUAUGUAGGAAAUUGA